UUAGGGUCUUGGCAUCUCGGCAGCAAGGAGAUCGAAAAAGACACAAGGGGGCAAGACCUGGGACAGCUGUAAAGCUCUUGGGCGAGAAAAGGGGUCGAGGAAACUCAAACUGGGCUCUAAUCCUCACCUGGGAAGUGUCUGCCAUCUCAGGACUUCACCACAGGGCUUUACGGUCUGAGGAAGGGCUCAAGCAGUUGAGAAAAUGUUCCCCCUCAUUCAUUCAGAUCACAGCAGAGAGCCGAAGACACGGGUCCAUACCAUUAUGGGGGAGCUCACAGAUGGAGAAGCUCUGGUGGAGCUCGAUUUAGGAAAGAAGGUGAGCAUCCCUCAGGAUCUGAUGGUGGAGGAGCUCUCCCUGCCAAUCAACAAGGGCUCCAGGCUGUACCAGAAGAGGCAGAGGAGAGUGCAGAACUUUGUGCUGGAGCAUCCUUCGGGCUACAGAAUUAUCUCAAAUGCUUCUGGAGGAGGAGGAGGCUCACACGCAGAUUACAAUGGAGUUGGCAUGUCAGGACAGUCUAUCCAUAAUGCCGAAGGGAAGGAGAACUACCAGGCUGGACUUCACGAAGCCGCCUCAGGAAAGGCGUCACCUCCCAAAGUACCGAAGAAAACAAACAAAGUCUUGCGGAUGAGCAAAGCCCUGAAUCCCAAUGCCAUCGCUCCAGGCUAUUCUGGACCUUUAAGUGGCGUACCACCAGAGAAGUUCAACAGGACAGCCAUCCCCAAAGGCUACCAGUCCCCCUGGCGGGAGUUCCUUAGCAGUGAGGACUACCAGUUAGACCAUGAGACUCGUUUGCCUGAACCUCCCAGAAAAGUGAAUAGUUUUGACGUCAGGAGCUUCAAUAGGACCCCAACCCCAUUUGGCGGACCAUUACUGAAUGAUGUGAUCCUUGGGUAUGAGAUGAAUGAAGCCCAGACAGACAUGAGCAGCUUGGAACUCAUGUUAAACAGGCCCAGCUUCAACAGAGCACCUCGGGGAUGGAUACAGGCGAUGCCAGAAUCUGAAGAUCUGUAACUUGCUAUAACGCUGCUGCCUGACUUCUUCCAAUGCCAAUGCACGCUAGCCUCCUAGUUUACUAAUGCAGUCAUGGGAAAAAG